AUGUCGGCUCCGGUCGGGGCCCGGGGCGGCCCGUCGCCCCUGCCGCCGGCCCCGGCCCCGGCCCCGGCCCCGCGGCCCGAGGCGCCCGACCUCAGCCACCUGACCGACGAGGAGCGGAGAAUCAUCCUGGCCGUCAUGGACCGACAGAAGAAAGAGGACGAGAAGGAGCAAUCGGUGCUCAAGGUCAAAGAAGAACAAAAACCACAACCGACACAGUGGUUUCCCUUUAGUGGGAUCACUGAGCUGGUAAAUAACGUUCUUCAACCACAGCAAAAGCAGCACAAUGAAAAGGAGCCCCAGACGAAACUGCAUCAGCAGUUUGAAAUGUAUAAGGAGCAGGUGAAGAAGAUGGGCGAAGAAUCCCAGCAGCAGCAGGAACACAAGGGGGACGCUCCCACGUGCGGAAUCUGCCACAAAACAAAGUUUGCCGACGGCUGUGGCCAUAACUGUUCAUAUUGCCAAACUAAAUUCUGUGCACGUUGUGGAGGAAGAGUGUCUUUACGCUCAAACAAGGAGGACAAAGUGGUUAUGUGGGUAUGUAAUUUGUGCCGAAAACAACAAGAAAUCCUCACCAAAUCAGGAGCCUGGUUCUACAAUAGUGGAUCGAACACACCACAGCAAUCUGAUCAAGAGGCUCUUCGAAGGCUUCGGAACGAAGAAGCACCUCAGGAGAAAAAGGCAAAGCUACAUGAGCAAUCCCAGUAUCGGGGACCCUCAGGUGACAUAUCUACACAAAGUUUGGACAAAAGCCGAUCUCCAGGUCUCACAAGGCAGGACUCAAUUAAAAACGGAUCGGGCGUGAAGCACCAAGUUGCAGACGAUACAACUUCAGACAGGAAAAGAAGCCCAUCCAUAUCGAGAGACCAGAACAGAAGGUACGACCAAAGGGAGGAAAGAGAGGACGAUUCCCAGUAUGCCCCACCACAUGGUGCGAUGCCGAGGUCUCCAUCAGAUUACGCAGACAGGAGAGCUCAACGUGGUCCUCAGUUGUAUGAAGAACCUGAGCACGUCGAGUACAGGGACUCCAACAGGAGAAGUCGUAGACGUUCCAAAGACUACCCAGUGGAUGAGGAGGAGGCGGAAAGCAGAGAUGAGUACGAGAGGCAAAGGCGAGAGGAGGAAUACCAAGCACGCUACCGAAGUGACCCCAAUCUGGCUCGGUAUCCAGUCAAGCCGCAGCCCUAUGAGGAACAAAUGCGCAUUCAUGCUGAAGUAUCCCGAGCAAGACACGAGCGAAGGCACAGCGAUGUCUCCUUGGCAAACACCGAACUGGAAGAUUCCCGGAUUUCUAUGCUGAGGAUGGAGCGGCAGUCGAGGCAGAGGUCUACAUCGGAGCGCAGGGCUGCCAUGGAUAGCCAGCGUUCAUAUUCUAUGGAAAGAACUCGAGAGGCUCAGGGACCCAGCCUGAAUCGACAGAGGGCCUCGAACCACAGCCCGCCCACGCCCCGAAGGAGUCCGAUCCCUGUCGACCGGCCUGACUUGAGGCGAGCCGAUUCCCUCAGGAAGCAGCACCACUUGGAUCCCAGUUCUGCUGUCAGGAAAACAAAGCGUGAGAAGAUGGAAACCAUGCUAAGGAAUGAUUCGCUGAGUUCAGACCAGUCGGAAUCAGUCCGACCACCGCCACCAAAACCUCAUAAAACAAAGAAGGGAGGUAAAAUGCGUCAGGUUUCGCUAAGCAGCUCGGAGGAGGAGUUAGCUUCGACGCCGGAGUACACCAGCUGUGAUGAUGUUGAGAUUGAAAGCGAGAGUGUGAGUGAAAAAGGGGACAGUCAAAGGGGAAAAAGAAAAACUAGUGAGCAGGCAGUUUUGUCGGACUCUAACACCAUGUCUGAGAGACAAAAGAAAAUGGUGUACUUUGGUGGCCACUCUUUGGAAGAGGACUUGGAAUGGUCUGAGCCUCAGAUUAAGGACUCUGGGGUAGAUACGUGUAGUAGCACGACUCUAAACGAGGAACAUAGCCAUAGCGAUAAGCAUCCUGUGACUUGGCAGCCAUCCAAAGAUGGAGACCGCCUAAUUGGUCGUAUUUUGUUAAACAAGAGACUGAAGGAUGGGAGUGUACCGAGAGACUCCGGAGCAAUGCUUGGAUUGAAGGUGGUAGGAGGAAAGAUGACUGAGUCAGGACGGCUCUGUGCUUUUAUCACAAAAGUGAAAAAAGGAAGUUUAGCUGAUACUGUGGGACACCUUAGACCAGGUGAUGAAGUGAUAGAAUGGAAUGGAAGGUUAUUACAAGGAGCCACAUUUGAGGACGUGUACAACAUCAUUCUAGAAUCUAAACCGGAACCACAAGUGGAGCUUGUAGUUUCAAGGCCCAUUGGAGAUAUUCCCCGAAUACCUGAUAGCACACAUGCACAGCUGGAGUCUAGUUCUAGCUCAUUUGAAUCUCAGAAAAUGGACCGCCCUUCUAUUUCCGUUACUUCUCCCAUGAGUCCCGGCAUGUUGAGAGAUGUUCCCCAGUUCUUGUCUGGACAACUUUCAAGCCAAAGCCUUAGUAGAAGAACAACGCCUUUUGUUCCUAGGGUUCAGAUAAAGCUGUGGUAUGACAAGGUUGGUCAUCAGUUGAUAGUUACGAUAUUGGGAGCAAAGGAUCUUCCUUCUAGAGAAGAUGGGAGACCAAGGAAUCCUUAUGUUAAAAUUUACUUUCUUCCAGACAGAAGUGAUAAAAACAAAAGAAGGACAAAAACAGUAAAGAAAACAUUGGAACCCAAGUGGAAUCAAACCUUCAUUUAUUCUCCGGUUCAUCGGAGAGAAUUUCGAGAGCGGAUGUUGGAGAUUACCCUUUGGGAUCAAGCUCGAGUUCGAGAGGAAGAAAGUGAAUUUUUAGGAGAGAUUCUAAUUGAAUUAGAGACUGCGCUCUUAGAUGACGAAGCUCAUUGGUACAAACUUCAGACACACGAUGUCUCAUCAUUACCACUUCCUCAUCCUUCGCCGUACUUGUCCCGCCGACAGCUACAUGGGGAGAGCCCUUCGAGGAGGUUACAGAAUAAAGGCUUAUAUUCAUAUAAUUCAGGGUCCAAGCGAAUCAGUGAUAGUGAAGUCUCUGACUAUGACUGUGAUGACGGAAUUGGUGUGGUAUCAGAUUACCGGCAUAAUGGAAGAGACCUCCAGAGCUCAACAUUGUCAGUGCCAGAACAAGUGAUGUCAUCCAACCACUGUACAAGAACAGGGUCCCCUCAUCGAGUAGAUAGCAUAGGAAGGACAAGAUCGUGGUCACCCAGUGUCCCUCCUCCUCAAAGGAAUGCCGAACAGGGACUGCGAGGGACUCGGUCCACUCCAGGGCAUUAUAAUACGAUCAGCCGAAUGGACAGGCAUCAUGUCUUGGAUGAUCAUUACUCACCUGACAGAGAGAGGAAUUGUGAAGCAGCAGAUAGACAGCCAUAUCAAAGAUCCAGAUCAACAGAACAACGGCCAGUGCUAGAGCGGAUCAACUCCCGCUCCCGAUCCACUGAACGUCCUGACACAAACCUCAUGAGGUCGAUGCCUUCAUUAAUGACUGGAAGAUCUGCCCCUCCUUCCCCUGCCUUAUCGAGGUCUCAUCCUCGAACUGGUUCUGUCCAAACAAGCCCAUCGAGCACUCCGGUGGCAGGACGCAGGGGUCGGCAGCUACCACAGCUUCCUCCAAAGGGGCCGUUGGAGAGAAACAAUGGAGACAAGGAGAUAGAAUCUUAUGAAGAAGAAGUGGAGUCACCAAGAAGAAGAAACUCAGAAAAGAAUGCAGAACCAGACAAUGGGGAUUCAGGUGCUUUGGAUACAGAAGAGAGAACUCGCCAAAUGAAAAUGAACAAAUACAGACAGGUAGCAGGAUCAGAUUCCAGACUGGAACAAGAUUAUCCUUCUAAGUAUCGGUCAGGACGUGAUCCUCAGCGAGGUUCAGAUAAUAUUUCCAAUAAAUCUUCAGACAGUGAUGUAAGUGAUGUAUCCGCUGUAUCAAGGACUAGUAGUGCAUCUCGUUUCAGCAGCACAAGUCACAUGUCUGUCCAGUCAGAACGACCAAGAGGGAACAAGAAAAUCAGGUCAUGGUCAAAGGGAAUAGAAAAGGAUGGGCAAGAGGGGGAUAAGCAUGAAGAGGUAGUUCCAGAAGAGGAGAAAGAGAAGCAGGAUGAAAAGGAUAAGGAGGAAGAGGUGAAGGAAGAAAGAAGGAAUGAAAAGGGAGACAGACAAGAGAUUUCAGAAAAUUUGAAUAAGAAGCCAAACAGAGGAUCAGGAAAUGAUGAAAAGACUCAAGAUGAGAAAACUGAGCAAAGGGAAGAGAAAGAACUAAGGGAAAAAGAGCAUUUGCAAAGGAGAUUAUCACAAGAUGAUGCCAGUGUCUUCACAUCCAAAAUGCAAAGCCGACAGAUGGGUGCUUCAGGGAAGAACAUGACGAAGAGCACCAGCAUCAGCGGGGAUAUGUGCACGGUAGAGAAGAAUGACGGCAGCCAGUCUGACACUGCCGUGGGCAGCAUGGGCACUGGUGGGAAAAAGCGACGCUCCAGUAUUGGGGCAAAAAUGGUAGCUAUUGUUGGUCUCUCCCGAAAAAGUCGCAGCACUUCCCAGCUCAGCCAAACUGAAGCUGGAGGUAAGAAGCAACGGAGCACCGUCCAGAGAAGUACUGAGACGGGCCUGGCUGUGGAGAUGAGGAACUGGAUGACUCGGCAAGCAAGCAGAGAAUCCACCGAUGGAAGCAUGAACAGCUACAGCUCAGAGGGAAAUUUGAUUUUCCCUGGGGUGAGGUUGGCUUCCGACAGUCAAUUCAGUGAUUUUCUGGAUGGCCUUGGACCCGCUCAGCUGGUGGGACGCCAAACUCUGGCAACUCCAUCGAUGGGUGACAUUCAGGUUGGCAUGAUGGACAAAAAGGGACAGUUGGAGGUGGAAAUUAUAAGGGCCCGUGGCCUUGUUGUAAAACCAGGUUCAAAGACACUGCCAGCACCAUAUGUAAAGGUGUAUCUAUUGGAAAAUGGCAUCUGUAUAGCCAAAAAGAAAACAAAAGUGGCAAGGAAAACGCUGGAACCUCUUUACCAGCAGCUGCUGUCAUUUGAAGAGAGCCCUCAAGGCAAAGUUUUACAGAUCAUCGUCUGGGGAGAUUACGGCCGGAUGGAUCAUAAAUCCUUCAUGGGUGUGGCCCAGAUACUUCUGGAUGAACUGGAGCUGUCCAAUAUGGUGAUUGGAUGGUUCAAACUAUUUCCCCCUUCUUCGUUAGUAGAUCCAACUCUGGCUCCUCUGACUCGAAGAGCCUCCCAAUCAUCUCUCGAAAGUUCAACAGGACCUUCUUAUGCUCGUUCAUAGCAGCUGUGAAACUUGUCAUAGGAACCAGCGUUACAAAAAAAAAAAAUUUACAGGUCGCAAAUCCUGGUAACACUGCAUGCUUAAUGUUGUGUCUUCUGAGCCUGUUCCUAGGGAUACAAAGCGAUCCUGUGUUCUCAGAGGAAGUUGCACACAUUGUGCCCUAAAGAAGGCCCUCAGGUGAAGGAGUGGAGUGGGGAAGAUCCGGCAUUCUGGAGUUGGUUGACACUCAGUUUCUGGUCUAAUCUGAAGCCAUGGAUUAACCUAAAAGAAUCUGUUUCAUGCAACAAAAGUCCUUUUCAAUGGCAUCUUUAUUUUGUGGCUCCUCUAUCUCCUUUUGUUGCCCCAAAGCCUGGUUCUGCCACAGGGCCGUAGCUACCCAACCAAGAAGCCAUGGUACAAGUCCAGGGCAGCAGAUGACGCCAAGGAGCCCAUCAAGGGGGCUAGGAACAAUCACCCGUUGGUGAAUCAGUGGCUGGAAAUGCAGACAAGCAUCAGCCUCAGAAGGAGAAAGGCGAAAGGCCCGCAGUGGGUUGGCGGCAGCCAUUUCGGUUUCAGUCGUCGCUUUGUGAAGCCCAUGAUCUCUGAUCAAGCGAAUCUGUGGCUACACAGUACUGUAUGAAGUAAAGCAACUUGUUUGCAUGGACUCGGAUUUAGCUGAAAUACCUAAAUUAUUUUCUUGGGGCUGCAACUUGCAAAAAAGAAAAAAAAAAUCAGCCAUUUUCAACAAUUUAUAUUAUUUUUAAAAAUAAAUUUCACUAGUGCAUGGUUUUAAAGGGAGAGAAUGCAACAGGGUGAUAAAGGGACACUCCAUGUUUAUCAUUCUUUAAGCCACCUGGUCUGUAUUUUGGCAGACAAAUUAAAAGUGAAAAUACUUUCUAGCAAAAUAUUUAAAAUUCUCUUUAUGUGACAAAUAAGUGUAAUAUAUUCAAUUUAAAUAUAAAAAGGUACUAGCCUUGUAAAGUUCAACAUUAUGUGCAAAUUGUACACUUCUUUACUCCCCUCACCUCCCUCUUUUGAUUUUUUCCUCCCUCACCUCCCAGAAUGAUCAUUAUAUGCUCUGAUGUUCCAUAUUUGUUUCAGAAUUGCCGAUUGUUCUGCAUUUCUGAAAAUCUUGAGAAAAACAUAUUGUUUAAGAGCUUUCUUUUUUUCAAGCAUGUUGAAAAGGAUUUUGCAACAUGGCUUGGGAGUUCAGUAAUGUAAGUCAGCAUGUGUUUGAUAAAGAAGAUAUUUGAACUUUUGCAAUUUAUUGUACAGUGCAUGGUAACCUAUUUUCAUUUUUGCUCACCAUCAAAUUGGAUUCUACAGCAAACUUCUGGAAUCAUGUGGCCAUUGUAAGAUGUUGUCUAAAAGUUUAUUUUCAGCACCAGCAUCCUGCAUCCAGGGGUGGACGGGCCAUUCUAGAAAGUCUUUGAUGAAAAAGAAAAUGAGAAGUCAGGAUUCCAUUUAUUCUAAACAUCAUCACACAGCGAACCAUGUGGAAUCAUAAUGUAUAGCAAAAGGUGAAGAAUCAUCAUUUUCUACUGUAAAGUUCAAUUUUUCAUGCGUUCAAUUUCUGAAGAAAAUACAUGGUGACAUCAAUAUGUCAAAGCUUUCCCUUUUAGCUGACUCAAAGAACAUCAGCGAAGUCCAAUCGUUCUUUGAUGCCAUCACAAUUCUAGAGGUCAAAUUUUUGGUCAUUGCUGCCAUUGGGUGGUGCUGUAAAUUCAAAUUUCCCUAAUUUUGUUUUAAAGGGAAUGUCAUGGUUAUGUGUGAUAACCAGCUUUCCUCUUUCUGCCUCUUUCAAUAUAUGCCUUUAAUACCUGCUCACGCUUUCAUCUUAAUCUUGCAAUUCUUUUUGAAAUAUGCAUUAUUGACCCUUACAAUUAAGGCCAUGCACACAGAAUUGUCACUUUUCCCUCAGAACUUCAGUCCUGCCCAUUAGAAAAUGUCAUGCCAGUUAGGGUGCAAAAGUAACCAUGGGUAUCACUAAAAAUGCCUUCUCUUUGUGGUGCAAUAUGAAAAUCGAGACAAUGUCUUGACAUUCUGAGAUGUACAAUGGAUCCAUGUAAGGUCAUUGAAAGAAUUAACAAAACGGUUUAGUGAAAUCCUUUAGAUGCCUGUAUACCAGCAACAUUCAAUUAAAAAUACAGUCCCUAAUAUCCCUUAGAAUUGAAAAAGGAAAACAUCAUUUUCCUAAUACUGAAAUGCAGUCAUUUUAUUAUUUUAAUGCAUAGUCCUCUAUAAAUUAUUUCUAAUUUUAAUAAGGACAUGAUUAUAUGGAAUAUUUGUACAUACUUGUCAUUAUGCAGUAUUUAUUUAAAAGUUGAUGUAUUUUUAAUUUUCACAUGUCUGCAACUCUACGUAUGAUUUAGUCAUGUAAAUAGCUCUAUUCCAGUGACCAUUGCUGUCCUGUACAUAGUACGUUUUAAAAGUAAAGGAAAUUUCAGUUGGAAAAAAUGAGGCAGAUUAGGCCUGUAAUGAAUACCAACUAAUGUAAAUCAAAUUCAUUCUGGCGAUGGUAUUUAACACUUUAAAUAAAACAUUUUCUUUACA